AUGCUUGAAAAUAAUUCAACGACAUCCAGCCGAUGGUUUGUUGCAACGGAUUAUCAACCUUAUAAGACAUACAUCAAAACAAACAUACCAUCAAAUAUCGAAGUCUUGAAUCCUUCGAUCCCGACUGAUGGCAUGUAUCAAUGUUCUGAUGUUCAACAAGCACUCGUUGAUUUAUGGUCAUUAUCAAAAUGUCAACAAUUGAUUCUUACAUCAUGGUCUUCAUUUGGUUGGAUGGCAUCCGGUUUAUCCGGUAAACAUCCAAUGAUAGUCGCUAAUAGUAAAAAAUGCUAUCAACAAACACAUUCUCGACCAUGUUAUUAUGAAUUAACACAUUUGAAACAAUUAUCCUGUUUUCAUUCUUCACAAAUGUUAAACAAUGAAGAUGAACAAUGUUGUCAAAGUGGAUUUUGUUCUCGAGAUUACGCAUUUUCUUCCGCAUAUGCUGGUGAUACAGCAAUAAUUCUUGAUGCACAACCAUUUUCAGAUAAAGUCGAAAAAAAUGUUGAAGGUAUAUCAAUGCAGCACCAAUCAGUUUUGCAUAGACAGGAAAAUUGUCAAGAUCUUGCUGUGUCUGUUUUGAAAGUUCGAGAACGAACACAAAGCCAUAGCAUCCUGCUGCGUUUUUAAACGACUACUGGCAUUCUAUUCGGAAUCGGACGUAGUUGAAAGAAUUCCAGUCAGGAGGGAUGAACUUGAAAAAUCUGUCAAAAGUACUGAACAGUGUGAGAAAAUUAAGACCGAGUCUACACUUUUGACUGAAAACUUUUUUUGUAGACAAACUAGUUCAGUAGAGCAGACAUUUCUGAACACAAGUCUGUUCGCAUUUUCUAUGUAUAAUAAAGCCGGCAAAUGCGUCUUAUGAGCCUUUUUAGACCUCCAGAAUUCUUUUUGGUGGUGUAGUAGUGUCAUUGUGUUAUUGUUAGUAUAGAAUAAUUUCAAAGUAAAGCAAAAAUGUAAAAUUUCUUAGAAAUAGGCAUGCAACAAGUCAAGACUCUUGACUUCAUCUCCGGCUGACGUCAGGCACUGCAUAAGCAAGCCGUGCUUGUCUUCAGUAGUACUUGAAGACAAGUACUGCUUGGCUUCAAGCAUGCUUGUCGAAUUGCAGAAAAUUCAUUUUUAUGUUAUAUAAAAUUUAGAAAUAGAAACACUUUUGACCUCAUUUCACUACACAGAUGGUAUUACUAGCAAUGACUCAUCUUUUCUUAGAGAACAGUUUCUAUUGUCGUUUACAAAUCUUUGGACUUUUUGUUAAUCUGUCAGUCCUUCUUGAACAAGAGAAAGAACUGUAUCGUUUAAUUCAUCAAAUUUUGAUCGAUAGAAAAAGGUCCAGAAAAUUCAAAUGAAUAAUUCAGUGUAUGUUCUUUUAUUUUUUACCUCUCCUUUCGAGACUUGAUUGGUAUGAGAGAGAUUUUUUUUAUUCAUGUAGGUAGGCGGUUUGAUUUUUUGUUACGCGUGUGUUUAUCUGUGUAAAUAGUUGCUGAUUAUUUUUUGUUUGGAAUUACAUUUGUUUUUGUACUAGUUAGACUGCAUCGUUAAGAAAAAUUCAAGUGAUCCAAAAGGAAAGAGGAUAAAAGACAGAGCCUGCCGUGAAACAGUGAAAACAAAUAAAGAUUUGUUAGUAAGUGCUUACUCUCUAGGAAGCUUCCUCAUUCUGCUCAACUUUGACAACAAGAAACGCUUCUUACUUUUAAAAAAUAGUCAGUCUCUUAUGUACGCAUUUGUGUAACGAAAAAACGAAGUUUGUAGCAAUAGUCAAGCAUGACUGAUUUCAAACAGUCCUUGAAGUUAAGCACCCCUUGACGGGAGAUUGCUUGAAAUUGAGCAUCCUUGACUUGUUGCAUGCCUAAUUUGCAACAUGAACUUAACAAAUGAUGUACAUAUAAAGAAAUUUGUACCGAAAACUUUAAGUCAACAGACAAACGAAGAAUCAGCGUUGAAUCCUUGUUACAUCUAUUAAUAAUUAAUAUAAUCUAAAGAUGUCAACGUCACACAAAUAUUGAAACAGUUCGCAAGAUACUAUAUGCAUAGUUGUUGUUACAACAAUAUGAUACCAAAAAUCCAUUCGUAUGCUGUUGAUAAUAAUCCGAUAUGGAGCGGAUCGAGAAAUUCGGGUAGCUACAGGCUAAAUCUGCCCUACAAACUACCCUAGAACUAUAAAAAACAAAGUGGAUCGACUGGUUUUUCAGAAAACCUUUGAAUAUCUUUAAGUGAAAUCUCAGUUUGGAAACAUAAUUCUAACAUUCCUAAACUGUACAGUAAGCGAAAGCCAUGCUUGACUUCAGUAGUACUUGAAGACAAGUACUGCUUGGCUGCAAGCAUGCUUGUCGAAUUGCAGAAAAUUCAUUUUUAUAUUAUAUAAAAUUUAGAAAUAGAAACAUUUUAGACCUCAUUUCGCUACACAGAUAGUACAGUGGACCUCAAUUGAUUUGCACCCCUAGCCAUUUUUGACGUUACUCUACAAUAGUUUGAUCCCUAUGAGAGAGCGAUAUACAGAAAGAAAGAGCAGCUUCGGCCGCAUCGAAUGGUAUAUAACACCGGUAUAUCCGAUCAACAUUGGAUGCUGGACAGAGAACGGAGAAAAAAGAUGAUGUAUUUUUCACUACAUUUCGCAAUUCAUCCGAGUUAUAUGAAAAGAAAUAACUUGUUUAUCCAUCGGGUUGGUCAUAGAAAAAUAUCAACUCCGUGUAUACUAGCU